AGGAGGGAGGGGUGCGAGAGAUGGGCCAAGCCGGGCGGCAGAGGGGAGGGUGCAACUCUGAAAAGAUGAAAACCCUAGUGCCUUGAAUUCACAGCUCCAUCCUCAGCCACCACCACCACCACCACCCAACCAACCACCAUCACCACCACCACCAGCUGCAAAAUCAGCCAGCAGAAGCAGCACGAAGGCUCAUUUCCCCCCUCUCCUUAGCCGUGUCUCCAUUCUCUCAGCCCUGGUCGAGUCGGUGGUCUUUCUCGCAACCACACAGACAGACCACAAGAGAAAGAGAGAGACACACACGCACCAACAGCAAGCAGCAGCAGCAGCAUCACCACGAGAAGCAAAUCCAGCAGCAGACAGAGCAGACAGCCAUGUCCCUGGCGUUUGUCGCAUCCCGGCAGCAGCAGCAACAACAACAACAACAGCAGCAACAACAACAACAACAGCAGCAGCGAAGCAAGAGUGAGGUUAGCCAGGCGAGCAUCCAGAAGAUGUUGGAUGAAAACAACCACCUCAUCCAAUGCAUCCUGGACUACCAGAGCAAGGGCAAGACAUCGGAGUGCUCGCAGUACCAGCAAAUGCUGCACAGGAACCUGGUUUACUUGGCAACCUUGGCCGACUCGAGUCAGAACUCACAGUCCUUACUGCCCACGCUGCCAAACCAGAGUCUUGGGAUGGGGGCUGGUGGAGGCCUCCCUCCCGGAGGAGCUCCCCACUCGCAGAGCCUGCCUCCUGAUCCUGCGCCCCCACCCCCACACAUGCAGGGCCCAAUGAGCAACGGACACAUGGCUGGACCAAACUCCAUGGCAAUGCAGCCUCCAAACCACCAGGCGAGCCCUGCGCUCAGCCUCCCGGCCAGCAGCCAUGCCACCAUGGCCGGGUACAGCCAUUCGGUGCCAUCGUCUGGGCCAGGAGGGCCCAGCCAGGCUUACAGGACCCCGCCGGCCAGCCAGGGCCAAGGCCACAUGGUGUCUCAGCAACCGGCUCCAUCCCAAUACAACCUGGCACAGGGCUCGGGGCAGCACUACCAGGGCAUGAUGGGCGGUGGGGCCGGGCAGGGCAGCCAGAUGAUGGGGCAGCGCCAGAUGCCCGGCUACUCGCGGUCUGCACAGCAAGGGCCGCCGCAGCAGUUUGGCUCGCAGGACGACUAUUACGCGGAGCAGUACUCGCACGGGCAGCCCCCCGCUGACGGGAUGACGCCGCAGUACUACCCUGAUGGCACGGGGCAGUACGGGCAACAGCAGGGCAGCUAUCAGCCGGGCCCUCCCGCCCAGACUUACCCGUCCCAGCAGCAGUUCGGUGGACCCCAGGGAUACCCCAGCCAGGGCCAGGGCUACGCAGGCCCUGCUCAGACUGCCUCUGGGCAGUACGCGGGCUACCCCCAGGGGCAGCAGUACGGCGCGUACCGCCCUCCACAGCCCGGCCCUCCCACCCCACAGCAGCAGCGGCCGUACGGCUAUGAGCAGGGCCAGUACGGAGCAUAUCAGCAGUGACGAGACCCAGUUGUUGUCAGAUGCCCUCCCCUCGUGCCAACCUCUCUGGACUCCACCAAGCGCAAGCCGCCGCCGCCGCCGCCGCCGCCACCGCCACCACGACAAGGAGCAGGAGGCCCAGACAUCCUCGUGCGCCACCCAACACUGGCGCAUUGUAUGUGCGCGAAUGCACAUUGCGCAUUCUCCUUUUGGAGCUUCUCACCGCAUAUUGCGCACACGCUCGCACGUACGAACAGGUGUGUGUGUGCGCGCAUGGCAGGGGAUGCAGUGUUUCUGGAAAAAUUUAAACGCUGUAAUAACACCCAUGAAAUCCUGAGUGGUGGACGUGUGCCGAUGCUGCCACCCCUCCAUCAGUUUUCGAUUUGACCUAACACUCGCCUGUGGAAGUGUCUUCUUGGACGCAUUUGUUUUUUUAAUCGGAAAAGGGUGUACCUCAAAAUGACAUGCCAAGGAAUUCGAACAGUAAAGAAGUGUUUUUUUUAAUUUAAAAUAUCAUUUGAGUGUUGCGAGGUUUAGCCACAACUUGAUGUCUGCGGCAUUUGCAUGUCCGCUGUCUGGGCGUCAGAUCCGAUGUUCUCUGCUUUUGGGCACCCGGAGCCCUGUGACCAUGAACCUCCAGCCCAUAUAACCUCGUCUAUUUGACCUCUUUCACCUCAUCGGUUUAGUGCACCGAAUCUUAAAUUUCAACUUGUAACUCGAUAAGUGUGUGGUGUCUGCUAUCCCUCGCUCAAUCUGACCUCAAACCCAGUAUGCCAACUUUUACUCUUGACCCCCCAACCCUAACAAACGCGUGACUCUGACCCUUCGAUCUCUCGGUCGCAUAAUUCAUUAAACCGUGCGUCCGGCCGCGGACGUGGAGCUGCUCACAAGUCAGUCGCCAUCGCCGCCGUCAUUAAGCUGUUACAGGCCGCAAGCGCCGUGGUCGUAGCGCGGUGUUCACGCAGUGUUACGAGUUUGUAGAGUUCGGCGUCGCGACAGUUCUGCUAGCUUCGCAGGACGCGGUUUCUCCCCCUCUUCCCUCCUCCCCUCUCGCCCCCACUCCUCUCUCUUCCCACUGCCACUCCUCCCUGAGCAUUCCAUACGCGUAGAGGUUCACGCCCGUCGUCGUGCACGACGGCCCAGUGUGGCUGAGGUGAGUCAUAACCGUGUUUUUCUUCGUUUACUUUGCAGCACAGGGCCUGUUCUCAGAAUCUGAUGCCAGUUCCACGCCCUCCAUCCCUCCCCCAAACUCUGAUCCAGCUUUGCACGUGUACCUAUUGGCAGAAGCGUGCAGAGCGCAUUGCAGCUAAGGGCUUGGUGUAGGUACUGUCCUCAUUUGUUCCGACAUGGCUUAGAGGGCUACAUUUUCGAAGUGCAUAUGAAAUGUAGCGAACCGCUGUUCCCAGACACGGUGGAAUGCCACCGCGUGUUGGGUGACACGGGUCUCGUGAAUGCACUCCAGAAGUAUUACUGUGGCAUCAUCUUCCAGUGCCAUUCCCACACAUGUGAUACUCUGCUCACUUAAGCAAGCCCAUAUUACUAGAAUGGUAGCAGUCAAUUGCUGUUAAAUUGGUGACACAAUAAAUAAUAGUUCCGCGUGUCGGGUAGGGCGGCGGGGUGGAGUGGUGGCACAAUAGUUGGUGUGCUGUGCUAAGAACCUUGGCGAUGCGAGUUUUAUUUCUGGAACCGUUCCUGGUGUCGCCCCCACCACCUUUAGCGACCAGGUUGGUAAAGAAUGACAUAGCUUGCAGAGGCUUUCAUCUUGGAGUGGAAUGACAAAGGGAAAAGCUGGACCUUAAUAUGGAGAGCGAGGUUGGUGCAGAUGCUUUAGGAUGCGAUGAUUAAGCAGCAUACCACUACGCAUGCCACUGGUGGCGGCACGCGUGAGGUCGGUUUGAACAGAACCUUCGUUGACCUUUAACCCCGAUGAUAAAUAAGCUGUUGCUCUGCUGGUAAAAUGCGGCACCUGGCGUGCCGACCUGGCAAUGGACUGGACUCACAUGACCUCCGUUAGUGGGUUUUUAGUGUUUGUUUUACUGAUGACGAUUCUACUUUUUGGGUACGUACGACAUUUCAGCGGCAGUGGGCGGGGGGGGGAAGGGAUCCGGAUGGCAAGCAGAUGGAGGGGAAGCUGUUGCCAGGGCGAUAGGUGAGGGUGGGGUGGGGGGUGGGUUCGUCAUUAUUUAAUAACCUUCCCUGGCCCUUGUGAAAAACUAACUCCUCUCUCCUCCCCUCCACCCGUGUUUGCGUGUAGCUAGGAGGGGUUUGUGGGUAGCUAGGAGGUGAGCUGUAUGCGUCGGCCUGGUGGUGCCGAGACACUGCUCGCGGCUCGGGCCGCAGUAUUAAUCCUGUUCCCACGCUCGCAGUGUUCCGCUCGCCCACGUGGCGUGCGGCGUUGUGUGUGUGCGCGCGUGCGUGUCCUGGAGUUCCCAGAUCCCAGGGUAUGAAAAAAGCCUAACAAAAACUUUCUCUGCAGGGGAUGAAACAUUUUAAGACUUCAAAGUCAAAUUCUAGAUUGGUUUUCUAUUCAAUUAUAAAGACAUACCGAUCUUCGAAUUAACCAGCCGAGCAAACGCGGCAUCAUUGCAACAAUUAGUUUUGGCCAAUUCGAGAUAAAAAAAAACUGUUUACACCAAAACUACUGGAGUGACAGUGCCAAGCUCGGAUGCAAAACCUUUUGAUCGGGCAGCAUUUGUUCAGGAGCUUGCUCAUGUGAGUUUCAUAGCGGGCCCAGCUCCACGUCAACCAGUUCGCAGCUGCGAGGAAGUUCCGCAUUAAACAAGACGCGCUUGGGAAAUGUGAUCCUGAAAAAAUAGAACUUUUGAUUUUCUCGGCAUGAAACGCGAGUGGCCGGUCCAUCCCUGCCUGCUUCACCACCUUGCCCCCCCCCCCCUCCCACAUAUUUGACGGCAGAAUUUCACAGAGGGCUGGAAGCUUUACGUUUUUUGGGAGUUGGCCGAUGAACGCGGUACAUUGUCCCUCGACGUUCAUGGCAAGUCCCACGGUGCGAUCAUGUGCGAAGCCCGGCCUGUAGCGACCACACUCCUUGUCGACCACUGAAGAUGUUCUUUUGACUACUACCAAAGAAAAGAAUGAUGAGUCUUAAAGUCUGAGGCCACGUCGCAGCAACACCCAGGGCCCCUCUCGUGCCACCUGUGAUGUUCAGCUUGCCCGUCGCGCCGUGCUGUGUAAUUUAUGGGACUCCGGUUACAUCGCGGUGCAAAUUUGGCAUUCGGUUAAACGCGUUGUGUUAAAACCGCUCAAAAGUCAACGAUGUCUGUAAGCUGAGUAUUGUCCUGUGUAAGCUGAGUUUUGUUUUGUGUAAGUUUUUUUUAUUAUUGUAUUUAGGACACACACGGGGCUUUUGUUAUUUAAAUGCCCCCCCCCCCCCCCCCUUGUAAGCUCGGAAAUCUAAUGUGGUCGUGUACUCUGAAAAUUCAUGUUCUUUUUUUAGAGUGGUACAAAUUUUAAAUGUGACAUGUUGACAAUAAGCAUUUCAAUCACAUGAUGUUAACGAGUGAUGCCGCUGCCGUGUUUUCUUUCCCACACAACUCCCUCUUGCCAUUUACUUUCACCGCAUCUUACCCAGUUCAUUAUCUUUCAAAAGUGAAACCUGAUUUUUACCCAGCCAUUUAUUUUUUGUGAUUAUUUGUGAUCCGAGAUUAAACCAGGUGUUUUAACUUACAAUUAACUUACAAAUAAAACAAACGAACUUAA